UGACUAAAUUAAGAUUUCCGGAAGACCUGAAAGGUAAAAGUUUCAGAAAAAUGAAUAUCAGGGACUUCCGGUGCGUGACACAGGUAUCACCGCCCGAUGUGACAGCGUGAAUUAGCUUACGCUGGGGUCAUUUAAAAUCUCAAAUUUAUGUUAUGUUUGGCUUUCGAGCUGCCCGGAAUUUUACACAAAUUUUUGAGGAUUUUUUUGAAAUUUUGAUUCAAGACCCGAUUAACCUGAUUCACUUGGAUACACACGCUGUGAUGCUAGAUUCACCGCUGUGUGCACCUCGAUUCACCGGGAUUCACUGGGAUUUACUGACAAAAAAUAUGAUAAAAAUCUUUCGAUUAUUCUGCAACCAGGAUUCACCUAGAUACACACGCUGUGAUGCUGGAUUCACCGUUGUUCGCACCUUGAUUCACCGGGACUCACUGGGAUUCACUGACAAAAAAUAUGAUUAAAAACCAGCAAUUAUUCUGCAACCAGGAUUCACUUGGAUACACAUACUGGGAGGCUGGAUUCACCGUUGUUUGCACCUCGAUAAACCGGGAUUCAUUAGGAUUCACUGACGGAAAAUAUGAUAGAAAUCUAGCAAUUAUUCUGCAACCAGGAAUCACUUGGAUACACACACUCUAUGCUGGAUUCACCGCUGUGUGCACUUCGAUUUACCGGGAUUCAUUGAGAUUCAUUGACAGAAAGUGGUUAAAAUUCCUCGCCGCGUUUGUUUUCCUUCUGCAAAAUAAUGCGCUUCCCGUUACUCGCAAUGUUCACGCAUCAUCACUGGGUGAUGCUUGUUAUUACAGCUCCGCAGAUGAUGAAGGAUCAGAGGAACUAGAUCAAGUUCUCCGCAACGCCCUGAAUGGAUCAAAAAAAGAUGACGGAGAGGCGGAAAACGCCAGCGUCCCAGAAGCUAAGGAGGCUUUUCCAAACGUUGACAAAGACAUACUUAUUCUGGUACUUCUUGGGGCAGCCGUAGUUCUGCUUAUUGGACUUUAUAUGUUGCCUGUCUGUCUGCGUUGGUCGGAGAAACGCCGCUCCCAAAACAACCUUUUUUGGCCGGAGAGAACUCCAACGGGAAGCGUUACUCCACUUGUAGUUGCAGUGCCUUGCCGAUAUGCCAGUCAACCGUCGGAUGCUAGGACUGUUAUCACACCUUACCAGGUCUCUGAACCCCUUGAGCAGAGGAUCAGUAACGCAAGAUACCAACAGCUUCCUCCCCCGUUGCCCCCUAAACAGUCAGCAAGGCCAUCAAACACCAGCCUGCAGACCCGGAACAGAGAUUUUACUAGUUUUCGCACUUCCGGCAGAGAUUCCCCACCCCCAGCACCGCUCCCAAGUUGCGCUUCAACGUGGGCGUGAAUUUUAAGCGACU